UGCGAGUCUUGUGACAAAAAUAUAGUCAAAUAUGUUACUCUGUGCAGAUGUGCUGUUGGAUGAUUUUCUGGUUGCAGAAAAUCCACCUUAUCAGCCUGACAUUAAUUCUCCUGCAAUAACAUCUGAGAGAGCUCCACCAGUAACAAGUACCAAAGUGAAUCAAUCUAGUAUGAUUCCUUUUGAGACAACACCAACUUUGGAUGGUGGAGCAGAGAUUCUUUCAUCGAGUGGCAUGAGCAUGGACAAAAAUUCUAUGGAGAAACUGAGGGAGGCUUCUGCUGCUGAAGCAGAAGCAGCUAGUGCUGUCUGGCAAGCUGUGCAGGCUGCAUCUGCUGAAGAGACAUCUGUCUCGGAUGAAAACUCUCAAGCAACAGAAACAAUUUCAGAUGGUAGUGAUACUGAGGCAGAUGUUCGUCUUCAUCCAAGAGCCGUUGUAGUUGCUAAAGAGGCUGUCGGUAACCUGGGUGGGAUGGUAAGACAGUUAUCUUUGGAUCAGUUUGAGAAUGAGAGCAGACGAAUAAUUCCAUUGAACAAUGACCUUUCAUACCCUACUAAAAAGUUUGCCAGGCAGAAGCCUCCUCAGGGCUUACAUAAGAAGAUUAUUUACACAUUGCUCAGGCCUCGGAACUGGAAAGCUCCUCCAAAUAGGAGGUUCUUUCUGGAUUCUUAUGAAGUGGGUGAGCUCUGUUAUGCUGCUGAACAGAUCUUUAUGCAUGAGCCAACAGUUCUUCAGAGGUUAAGCAAAUAGAAUCAAAU